AUGGGAGAUUAUAUUGAAACACGAGAAGGCUUCCUUAUAGAAUUCAAUAAAGAUAAACCCGAGCAUGCUUCUAAAGUUUUUACUAAAGAAGGAGUCCUUAUAUCUCCAAACGCCAAAAUCCACAUUGACAACCCACAAACAAAAACACUUAAUAAAUGAAAUAUAACAUUUUAUAAAGCCAACAAUGUAAUAGUCAUUGGUAAAAGUGGCUUAUGCGGAGGAGGAAACUGUGCCACAAGCAAUGGUCAAAAACCUCGAAAGGCAUCAGCUUCAAUAGUUCCACCAACAGACCGUAGGCCGAGUAGUUCAAUUAUUAAGCCUUUUGACAACACUCCGACUACUGAAGACAUAAAAGAAGAAGCAAAAGUUGAAGAAGACCCUGGAUCGCCCGCAAUCUCAUUUAAGCAUGACGAAAGACAAGAAGAAAAAAUUCUUGGCUAUAUUGAUGAGGUUUUUAAUUCGUUUAAAGAAGGGUCCAUUGAAGGGGAAAUAAUUGAAAAAAUCGAAAGCAUUGGACUCCCAGGGACUGUAAAACUCUAUGAAAUUGGGGCAAGAUUUUUGGAGCUCUUGACUAAAAAAGUCAUUUAUAAAUGAAAAAAAUGGGAAAUUUUUAGGGAGAGACUAGCAAAACAAGCAAGGCGAUAUUUAGGAGCUUAUAAAAUAUAUUUAUUUUUUAAAAAAAAAUAUUCUAUUAUAAGAUUUUGGUAAAUUAUUUUGUCUAUAGCUUAUAUGGUCGUCUCUAAAUUAAUUCCUUCAUUUAAAGAAGAACAUCAAAUGCCUCUUCAAGACUAUGUGACUAAAAUAAAAGAUCUCUUAAGAAUCUGCGAAAGCACAUACCCAGAAACCACUUUUGCAGUUUACAUAAAUUCAAUUGACCAAAUUGUCACCCAAAUUAGCAGUGGAGUCCCUCUAUUACCUCAUUUAUCUGUAUAUAUCCAACUUAUGGUCAAUGAAUUGCUAAAUGAAACCCCCAAUGUUAGCAUAGGAACAGCCAAGCUUUAUAUUGAAGACUCUGUCAAAAAAGGGCGUAGCUUAUUGAGCGAUUUAAUAGUUUUAGCAUACAUGGAGCAGCCAAAAGCGACCACAAAUGCUUCAAUUGAGCUUUUAAUUAAAUUUAUCACAAAAAGCAUGAAAUCUACCUGGGAACAAAUUGUUGCUAUAUUAGAUACAGUGGAAAUUUUAAUUUUGCAUACCCAAAAUCCUGAUCUUCUAGAACAAUUAAAUAAACUCAGUAAUUUCAGAGAUCCAGAUGUAAUUGACGACUGGAGAAUUCGAGCUAAAACAAUAGAAACUUUGAUUAAAAUCAAAGAGCAAACCCACAAAUUUGAUGAAGAAAUUGAUUUAAUUCUCAGUCAAAGGGCUUUACAAGAAAGUCAUCCAAAUGUAAAAAAAAUGUUUGAGUUUUCAGAUUUUUAUAGAGAAUGCUUGAAAACGUAUCAUAAAAGAAUUAGUGAAGAAGAUGAGGACGAAGAAGAAGACGAAGAAAAGCCAAUCAUUCAUCCUUAUAUCCAAUAUUCAGGUAUCGGGAGAGAUUCAGAAGUGCAACUAAUUAUAAAAUUAAUUUUGAAUAAAUUAUUUUUUAAAAAUAAAAAUAAAUAUUUUGACAAAAUUAUUAUAGUAUGGGCAGUUUAUUGCUCGCCCUGGGCUGCCAGCUGGAGGUCCAGCUCGUGAAGCUGCUUCGGAGCCAGAAGUUGCCAAACCCACUCGACGAGUUGGCAGGUGUUCAUUUGCUAAAAAGGAAAUUGGCUUGGCAAUAUUUGGCUCCGAACCAACUCCAUAAGUUAGAACUCCAGAUGUAAUCGCAGGAUGAGCAUCAAGCCAGCCUGGCUAUAAAUUAAUAUUUAUAAGAUAUUGCAUAGAAAUAGUUUUGGAUCAGCCCAAAACAAAAUAAUUGCUUUAGUUGGAGACUCAGGGAUAGGAAAAACUGCUUUAGCUGUUAAAUAUUCACAAGUUUACAAUGAUCUUUAUUCUGCUAUUUUAUUUAUUCCUUCACAAUCCGCCAAUAACAUUUCUUUUGUAUUUUUGAAAUUAUUUACUUCCCCUCCUGCAAAUUAAUUUUUUUUGAAAACAAAUUUUCUGAAUUUUAAUUAAUUUUAUAAAGAAUUCAUUCAUAAAAUUAAUUAAUUCAGGGUGAGAACCUUUAAAUGAUAUUCUUCUUACGCUUCCUCCAUUAAAUUGGGGGUAAAGCUAUUAUAUAGAAACUAUUUUUACUUAAACAUUUACCAUAAAAAUUUUAAGGGCUUGAUUAAACCCAACAAAUGGAUUUUUUGUUUCUAUUUAAAGGAGAGCUAGAAAAAUUGAGCUGCAUAUCAGAGACACUUUUGAUGACAAUAUUUAUUCAAUAAAAGAAUACUUAGACAACCAAAGCAAGCCUGCAUUAUUAAUAUUCGACGAUGCUGAAAACUUAGAGUCUAUUAGGAAUUUUUUACCAAAUAAAGGACACAUUAUAGUCACAUCCUCGCUUCCUGAAUGGGAAAACAUAAUCGAAGUUAAACCAAUCCUAUCUGAAACCUGUGCUUUAAUUUUAAGCAAAUACACAGAAUUAUUUAAUGAUUCAAUUUUAAGAAUAGCCGAAGGCAUGCCUAUUUCCUUAGAACUAAUAGGAAGAUAUAUCAAUUACUAUAAAAUCUCCCCUGAAGAAUACAAAGAUUUGCAUUCUGAAUGCAAACAAUCCCUAAAAAAAAUUGAAUUCCAAGGCUUUUCCCCACUCGAGUUAUCAGCUGCAACAGUUUGAAAAUGUACCGCAAAUCGCCUUUCCAAAGACCACCCAUAUUUCCUAAAUUUCUUAUCCUGCCUCACAUUUAUUGACGUAUCAGGGAUUUCCCAAGACAUUGCUUUGAAAGUAUUUUUCCAUAUAACCAAAAUAUCAGACGCUUCUAAAUACGAAGUUUUUACUUAUACCCUCAAUAAGUUAGGAAUUAUAAUAAAAGAUGAAAAACACAGAAUAAAAAUCCAUCCGUUUAUAGCAAAAAUUAUAGUCUCGCAAACUCAUCAAACCCAGCAAUUGACUUUGGCACUGCAGCAGAUUUUUACACAAGAAAUUGGGGAUUUAGAUAUUUUAUCGACAUUUUGCAUAACAGGAAAAGCGUCUUUGCAUAUAAAAAAAUUAUCAAAAUACAUUAUAGGAGAAAGCUCAUUAGAAGCUGGGAUUGUUUUUUAUGAAAAAGGAAGGUAUGAAAUGAAGGUGGAGCUGAAUUUUUCUGAGGCUGCACAGAGCUUUAAUCAUUCUAUUGAAAUUUUGACAAAAUAUAACCAUCCGGAUAGAUAUCAAGCUUAUUAUGGGGAAGCCUAUUGCAAUUUAAAGCUCCAUAAGACUCGUGAAGCUUCGGAUUUAUUUACAAAAAUUAUUCAGGAAUGUAAAAACAAAGAUUUAUUGCUGUACUCAAAGGUAGGAAUUUGUAGCACGCUCAGUGAGUUAGGCAAGUUUAAUGAGCUGGAAAAAAUAUUAAAAUCCAAAGAAAUCCUUGGGCUAACUUCUCCAGAUGCUAUAUUUUCUAUUUCACAGUCAAUUAUAGAAAUCGGAGUCCUCAAUCAAGAUUUUCAUGAAAUUUUAAGACCAUAUGAGCCUAUAAUAGAAGACCAAGUUUCAGCCCCUGAAAAUGUGAUUGUUACCUUAAAUCUUAUCUUAUCUUAUGGUAUUUAUAUCGCUUAACGUCCACUACAGGGUUACAACUCCAGGUUUAUCACUCGCCUUUCGUCGCAUCGGGCCCACCAGGCUGCUGGAGACAGUCUCGCUUCGAUCGCCAAGGGUGCUUCUAGGGCAAAUGUCCACGUCUUCGACGGCUCAUGGAUGAGCUACUUGCUUGUUACAUGGGUUUGCUUUUCCGAAAAAACCCAAAAAAUGGAUUUUUUCUGGUCGGCUAUCGGCAAAAAGGAAAAAUGCAAAGCCUGGGACGUAACGCCCAGUUUCACGCUAGGGAGUUGCCCGAAUGGUCCAGAGGACUUUGCUGGGCUUCCCCUUUCCAAUCCUACACCUUCCUUUCCCACGAGGAAAAAUCCACCUCUGAGAACAGACUAGGGUUAGGCUCUGAAAGCUACCAGAAUUGCUUACCUAGCAUUGCAGUCCAUCUCUGAAAUGGUAAAACCUUGCCGGAUAUAAUUAAAAUAUGAGUCGAGGCUGUAUGGCCGGGAGGCCAUACCCAGACGAAGACGCCAUAUUUUAAUUAUGAUUGUUACCUUAAUCAUUCUUAUAAAAAUCGCUUUGGGAUUUUCAUUUUUAGAGCUCUACAAAAAAUGCUGCCAUUAUUUGGCAUAUAUUUCUAGCUUAAUAUCUCAGCCUCCUCCGAUGUCAGAAGAGCUAUCUGGGCUUGUGGAUUAUUCAGAAAACCUUUUGGAGCCGAUUUGUAAAAUUGUAGGGACACAUCAUGAUAUUUUGAGUGAUUAUCAUAUUUUAAUUGCAAAUUUUUACCGCUUAUAUAUGAAUUCAGCUUAAAUUAAUAAGGGAAUUUUAGGAUUAACAUUUAGCAAAUAAUUGGCAUAUAUUGCUUGUAAAAGAAGUGAAGAAGCCCUAAAUCACUUAAAAUGUGCAUUAGAAAUCAGGGUCCAAAGAUAUGGCCUAGAUGACCUAAAAAUAGCUAAAAUUUUAUAUUUCCUGUCAAAAUGCUGCACAAAUAAGCCAAAAGCAAUGAAAUAUGCACUAGAUGCAGAAAGGAUCAUAAAAACAACUGUUGGAGAAGACCAUUUGUUUUGUGCACACACCUGUGAAAGAAUAGGACUAUUACAUCUAGCUGAUAGUCAGAUCCCAGAAGCUACUGAAUACCUAGAAAAAGCAUUAGAAAUAAGGCAAAAAAUUGUCCCUACUUCUCAUUAUGAGUGCUGCAAGUCUUAUGCAUCUCUAGCUAAGCUUGCACAAAACCAAAAUCAGCCAGAAGAAGCCCUUGAGUUAUAUGAAAGAGCUUUGAAUUAUUUAUUAGAUCAGCCAAAGCACUUGACAUCAGAUGUUGCUCAAUGGGCUUAUGCUGCAUUUAGAAUCUGCCGUGAACUGAAUAACCCACAAAAGGCUUUGGAAUUUCGCCUUAAACAGGUAGAAGCAGCGAAAAACAACAUACUCCUUAAAAUUAAUAAAAAAUAUUUUUGGCAUUAUUAAAUUUAAUUAUUAAGCUAAAUUUCCAUGCUAUUAAUAGGGAAAAUUAGAACAUAAUAACGAAGAGACAUUAGAAUUACUAAUCAAAACAGCUGAAUUUGCAGAAAGCAUGCAGAAAUAUAAAGAAGCUAUACAAUGCUACUUAGACUGCUUUGAAAUCACUAAAGAAGGCUUUGACGAAGAUGAGACUGAAUUUUUAGUCAAGGCAGCUGAAAAUUACUCGAAAAUUGGCAAAUCUGACGGAUUCAAAAAAUGCAUGGGGCAAGUCCUAGAAAUAAGAAAAAUAAAAUUCGGCGACAGAAGUCUAGAAGUGGGAAAAGCUUAUAACAAGCUAGCUGGGUUUUAUUUAGGAGCGUCUAUGUGAAAUGAAGCUAUAUUAGAAUAUGAAAGUGCUGACGAAAUCCACUAUUGUGAAAAUGAAAAAGAUGAGCUGGCCAAAGCCCAGUUUUUGUGUGACUUCGGGUACUGCCAAUUAAAACUUGGCUCGGAUAAUGAUGCUAUGAAACACCUAAAAGAGUCAUUAAAAAUAAUUAAAGGAAAAUCAGGAAAAAAUAGUGAAGCGGCUGGGGUUUGUUAUCAUUACAUGGGCCUUGCAAAUAUCAAAAAUAAACAAAUUGCUUUGAUUUAUUUAGAAAAAGCGUUUUCUAUAUUUAAAUCUACACUGGGAGAAAGCCAUGAAAAAACAAGCGAGAUUGGAAAAAUCAUUGCAGAUCUCAAUAAAUUCUAA